CCUUCGUUUAGCGCCAGUUUGGAUUUUCUCCCUCGCUUUGGUGACGACAGCAGCCCAAAAAUACUUUGUUCAACUUACAAAUACUGCUCACAUUAGUACGUUUUAGUGACCAAAUCAUUAUAAAAUAACGAGAAUAAAUACGUUUGGAUUCCGUUGAAUAACGCCGCAGACACACAAGCUGUGAAUUUGCCUCUUUGGUAAUUGACUGCUGAACUCAGGUGGACGCUGGUCUGGAAUGGAUUAUGAAGAUGAUUUGGACAUUUUGACAGCCCUGAUGGCUGAGAAUGGUGAGGGGGAGGAGAGAGAGCAGCAGCAGGUAGAUGGCUUGGAGGACGUUUUUGACAAUGACGGCGAGGAAGAGUAUGACGAAGGACGAGAUGCGGAGCCGGAGGAUGAGUUGUCAGAGCUGUUUGGAGAUGUAGAUGAUAUUGAAAAAGAAGAUCAAGAAGACAAAAGCCAAGCCAAUGAGAGCCUUAACAGGUCCCAAGCGGAGUUACAAGAUGAGUUGAGGCGGAUGCAGGAGAAAAUGCAGGCAUUGCAGAAGCAGCUGGAGGCAAGCCGGAGCGCUUCCUGCUCCUCUUCCUCAGUGAAACCGUCAGGGAGUUCACCCACCCUGAAACCGUCGCCUCCUCGCCAGGCCACCGCCAAGCGUACCCCCGAUAAACCAGCUGCUGUGACACAGAAGAUGAAGAAUCAAUCUGUGACAUCAUCGUCCAAUCCAGUCAGAGGAGAAAAGCAGAAGGUGCAGGAGUCGUCUGACUUUUUCUCCGAUCUGAGCAGCGCUGACUCUUUUAAACGCAAACCCAGAGUGGCCCACCAGACCAAACCCAACACUUCGCCAGAAGCCAGAGUACCAUUAGUGGAGAUUAAGAUGGGAAGCUCCUUCCUGCCAGCGGAAAGCACGAGCAAGGCGGCCGCUCCUCAGCGCUCGUCUGCGACCUUCCAGAGCAGACCCGGCCCGACGUCGUCAGCGGGACGGCCUAAACCGGACCCUCUUCCUAAAGACGUGGCAAUGGAGAAAUACUCAGGAUUGCGGCUGAGAAAGCCACGUGUUUCGUCCAGCGAUAUGGACCGCAAAAUGGCUGACCGCCGCCUGAUCCGCCUGUCGCAGAUCCCGGAUCGGCUGCAGCGCGAGAAGCUGGAGGACAGCGACUGGGUGACGUUCGGCGUGCUGGUCAGCAAGGCGACACCACAAAGCAGCAGCAAUGGUAAAACAUUUAGCAUCUGGAAGUUGAACGACCUCCACAACCUGGACGUGUUCGUGUCGCUCUUGCUGUUCGGCGAUGUCCACAAGGAUCACUGGAAGACCGAGCCGGGCACCGUCAUUGGAAUCCUCAACCCCAACUCCAUGAAACAAAAAGAAGGAUACGACGGCGUCAGCCUGACAGUGGAUCACCCACAGAAGGUGUUGCUGAUGGGUGACGCUCAAGAUUACGGCACCUGCAAAGCCAUGAAGAAAAACGGAGACCCCUGCUCUCAGCUCGUUAACAUGUAUGAGUGUCAGUACUGCCAGUAUCACAUCAAGGCGCAGUACAAGAAGAUGAGCUCGAAGAGGUCCGAGUUGCAGUCGUCGUUCUCCGGAAAGGCGCCCAACAAAGUGAAGGGCGUCAGCCUCAGGGAGCGCAUCUGUCAGGAAGGCUUCCACUACGGCGGCGUCUCGUCUGCCGCCUGCGCGGCGUCACUAUCUGCAUCCGGACCGAAAAAAACGGGACAGACAACCCUGGACAAGCUCUUUGUGAAAGGUUCCGCUCGUCACAUCCUCGAGGCCAAAAUGCUCGCCAUGAAGUCUGGUGAAGUUUCAAAUUGUUCAAAUGAAUUCAAGAGCUUGAUGUCAGUGCCGUCACCGGGAGCGCUGCAGCUCAAGAAGCACCUGACGCAGGGACACGCAGCAGACCUUGAAGGAGCUCCAGUUAAGUCCGUCUCAGCUACAGACCUUCUCAAGCAGCAGAAACAGAAGCAGAGGGAGUUCCUGCUGAACCGCCGACGUAGGGCGGUGGGCAUCCAGGAGGGUACGGCGCCGAAGUCAACCACGUCCUCUUUAGUGACGUCCCCGAAAGCAGCUCCCGGGGUCCCGAAGACCACUCAAAGCCCCGCGACGCCGCAAACCCCCACGCUAGGCAGAGGCUUCUCAAAGGGCGAGGACGUCCUCUUUUUCGACGCCGGCCCGCCUCCCACGCCGGCCGCCGACGCUCCGAGCCUCUCAGCCACCAAGCUGGCGGCUCUGAAGAAACUGAGAGCGAAGGGGAUGGCGCUGGAGAAGGAAGACCCCAACGCGGUCAAGAGGAAGAGGACGAGCAGCAGCGAGAUCAGCGCCCGUGUGGAGAAGAGUCUCACCUCACCCGAUGCUGAGUUCGGUGAUACUGACCUCGAGCCAGCUGAGAAGAGGAAGCGAGAUGAACUCAGCUACAUUCAGUCUGAGGAGUUUCAAAAGAUCCUCAACGCAAAAUCUCUCCACGGAGCCAUCCUACAGGCGGCUGAGUAUCAGCUGCAGGAGCAAUACUUUGACCCUCUGGUGAAGAAGGAGCAGAUGGAGGAGAAAAUGAAGAGCAUCCGAGAGAUGAAGUGUCGUGCCGUUUCCUGUAAAAAGUGUAACUACACCUAUUUUAAGCCGGCGGAUCGCUGCGUGGAGGAGAAUCACGCGCUGCGCUGGCACGACGCCAUCAAACGUUUCUUCAAGUGUCCGUGCGGACAGAGAGCCGUCGCGCUCGACAGACUGCCGCACAAGCACUGCAGUAAUUGCGGUCUGUUUAAAUGGGAGCGUGACGGAAUGCUGAAGGAGAAAACGGGACCAAAGAUCGCCGGUGAGCUUCUCGAGCCGCGAGGGGAGGAGCACGGAAGGUUCCUCAGCAGUCUGAAGUAGAACAAUUUGAGUUUGACUCUUUUACCGUUAAUGUCCUUUUUUUUAAUUUUGUAAGGAAUUUUAAUGAAGUUCAGUAACUGAUCAUGGAGCACAACACGCAGUAACAGUUUAUAAAAUUUGGGAUAAAUUAAAGUAACGAUUGAUACAUUCAUGACACAUCAUUGUAUAUGUCCAUAUUUGAAAUAAUAUCACUGAGUUGUAUCCACUCUAGAAUAUGACAAGAAUUUUGAAAGUCCUCGAGAUUAUUUCAGUUUUGGGUUGUUGCCUGUGAAUAUUGUUUUGUCUGGGCCCCAGAAACCCAGAAGGAAAUACUUGUAAGUGACUUUGUGAAAAACAGAGACAAACAAUUAAGCAGCCGGCCUCAGAGAAUGCUUGUUAUUAAAUAUCCAAGAGCUUCACAGAGACAAUAGAUGCGUGUGUACUUGAAAAGAUCUGGAAGAACAUCUCAACUUGGUAAUGCAUUAGAAACGGUUUCAUCUUUCAGUUUGGGUAUUUUCCUUCGAAAAGUACGUUAAAUGUGAUUCUUGUCUCCUGUACGAAGACAAAAAAAACCCCUCUAUAAUCCUCUCCAGGUUUUGGGGCUCACGCCAACCUCCAAGUCUCAGGUGGUAUCGCUGUACUUUUUAAUAGGACAACAUCAGCUCCUAGCAAUUACAGAGCGCUUUUUGGCAUUUCUCCUUCUACUUUUCCACUCUGGAAAUGAUUUCAGCCUGAUGACUUGUGCAGCUCACCUCGUCUUUGCUAUUAUUCCAUUGGAAUACUCCAAAUUCCAGGCAGCGCCGUCGUGUGUUAAAUGCAUCAGUGGCGCAAACUAUCUUUGUCACACUGCCAAUACGUAGAAGUCAAUUGAAGCCGCCGCUUUCCCUCUCAGAAAAUCAAUUGCGUAUAAAGAAGUAGUUAAGUAGUUGUUAGUAACGCCUCCGGCUAACAGUAACGGUAACCUUUUAUUAAACCCGUUUGUGCACGGAAAAAGCAGUUAAAACGAGAAUGUUUUACA